CGCAGGCUUAUUAGUGGCGGGAAAUAUCCACACUAACACUGCCGGGGAGUUUCUUCUCUUGGACUGUUGAAUUUUACACCGGCGAGAUAUUGUGGUUUGUUUAGUAUUCAGUUUAGUCACUUGUAGGUUUUUUGUUGCGGAUAUGCAUAAGUGAAAAACUUUGUAUUUUAGUAGAAACCCUGUAGUAUUUUACCUCUUCCUGUGAGCGCCAGAGUGGUAUUAUUUACCCGGUUAAAUUUGUGUAUAAGCUUCCCUUCUGUCUAGUUAAGUAGCCGCUCGAUAUACAGAGAUGAGUUUGUUCAAUCUCGAAAGGUUCCGUUAUCAGAAAGAGAAGACGGUGGAAAAUGUCUCGUCGUCGGUCAGUUCAUUCAAACCAGAGCAGCGCAGGCUGGUGAAUAAAAGUAGCUCUGAGAAAGAGAAUUACCCAGAGCGCCCAGUGAAACCGGAUGGCAGACGAGGAAGAGGAAAAAUGCCACGCCAUGCCCUGGAGGAUGUGUCCUCUGAUGAUGAGGCCUGUAAGAAGGGAAGGGUUCCUACAGUACAAUCAUCAGCCAGGAAUGCCACAGAGUGUGAAAAGCAGAAAAGUCUCGAGAUGGAAGAAAAACUGGCCAAGCUUCUGGAAAUGUUCCCUCAGAGGAACAGAAGUGAAUUGCUGGAGAAGUAUGAGAGGGAAAAUGGAAGGAGAGAUCCAUCUUGCCUGCUGAAAGACUUCCUGUGGCUCCAUUGUUUAGACUUUAGCCUGGACAUCAGUGGACAUGGUGUGUGCUGCUCUUGUACACAAACAAGUGAACAUGAUAUCCCUGAGCUGAUUGAGAGUACCAGCACGCUGGAGGGAGCUGUAGCAUGUUGUUUGGUGGCCUACAAAGAUAAAGAUUUAUCCAAGACAAAAGGUGGAGCAACACACAGUGAUGAUGAUGAGACGCAGCCAAAGAAGCGGCGGAAAACCGUGGAGCCAGAUUCUGAGCCAGGGUCUGAAGAGGAGAACCAUGAGCCAAGCAAAGAAAAGCAAGAUGCUUUGGUGCACAAACUGAAAAAGAAAUUUCCCAAAAUGGACAAAGUGGUACUGAGAGAAGUUCUGAGAGAGCAUGAGUGGGAUUUUGAAAAUGCCUUGGGAUCAUUGCUCAUGUUUUCAUCAGAAUCAGACUCUAACCCUAAAGAGAUCGAGAAGAUGUCAAAACCUUCAAGUAAUUCAAAACCAUCGAAGAGCAGGAAGGAGAGCAGUGAAGAUGGGAAGCAAAAGCCAAAUUCUUCAAGUAAUUCAAAACCAUCGAAGAGCAGGAACGAGAGCAGUGAAGAUGGGAAGCAAAAGCCAAAUUCUUCAAGUAAUUCAAAACCAUCGAAGAGCAGGCAAGAGAGCAGUGGAGAUGGGAAGCAAAAGCCAAAUUCAAGUCUGACAAGAUGGCUAUCAGCUGUAUCAAGUAAAUCUCCUUCAAGAAAACAGUCCCCCUCUAAUAAAUCAACCUCAAGAGGAAGCACGACAGUCGGUCAUAAGCCUGAGAGAGCAAAAGCCGAUAAGUUAAAGCCAGAACAAUACAAAGACUCUGAUGACUCAGAACUGGAUAGUGAGGCCGAGGAUGUUUCCGACGAAUUUGACUCUGACAGUGAAGACGAUAGCUUUGAUCCCAGGGUCCAGGAGCAGAUAUUGCAAUUUCUCCAGGAGGCAUCAUUGGAUGAACUGAGUUUGAUAUCUGGCUGCUCGUUGAAAAAAGCCCAGAAGAUUAUUUCACUGAGACCAUUCAACAGAUGGAAAGAUGUGAACGAGCAGUUCUAUAAGGAUAAUGGUUUGUCUAUGGAGUUGGUGCAUGGCUGUAGAAGUGUGCUGAAGAAAAGACAAGUACUGAAGCAGCUCAUGAACAAGUGCGAAAGCAUAGCCAGGAAGAUGACCAAAGACAUAACAAAGGUCAUUGAAAACGGCAUGGGCUCCAUGAAACAGCCCAUCACCCUCAACAGCAAGUUGAAAUUACAGCCAUAUCAGCUGAUAGGUUUGAAGUGGCUUAUCCUCUUACACCAGCACAAUCUCAGUGGGAUCUUGGCUGAUGAGAUGGGCUUAGGAAAAACAAUUCAGGCAAUUUCGUUUUUGGCUUACCUUCAUCAGAAAGGGAUUAAAGGCCCUCACCUCAUCACUGUACCCUCUUCCACAGUGGACAACUGGGUAAGGGAGCUAGAGCUGUGGUGUCCCAGCCUGAAAGUCAUCGUCUAUUAUGGCUCUGUAGAGGACCGUAAAUACCUCCGUCAUGAUAUUCUCAACAACCAAGUGGAAUUCAAUGUCAUAGUGUCUACAUAUAAUUUAACAAUAGGCAAUGAAAGUGACCGCAGCCUUUUCCGCAAGUUGAAGCUGCAGUGUGCUGUGUUUGAUGAGGGUCACAUGUUGAAGAACAUGAACUCACUACGCUACUGCCAUCUUAUGACCAUUAAUGCUGAACAGAGAUUGUUGCUCACUGGAACACCUUUACAAAACAACCUAUUGGAACUCAUAUCUCUGCUCAACUUUAUUAUGCCCUCCAUGUUCUCUAGCAGCACUUCACAGAUUUCCAAGAUGUUCUCUACGAAAUCAUCAGAAGAGGAAAGUAGUUUCCAUAAAGACCGAAUUGCCCAAGCCAAGCUCAUCAUGAAGCCCUUCAUCUUGAGACGAGUCAAGAGUGAGGUGCUGAAAGAACUACCACCCAAGGUGGAGAAGAUUGAAAUGUGUCCCAUGAGUGAUGCUCAGCAGCAACUCUAUGAUGGUCUCUUCAGUAGGCUCAAGAACACUGCUAAUGGAGAGAAGCAAGAGCUCAGUAAUGUGAUGAUGCAGCUAAGAAAGAUGGCCAAUCAUCCACUGUUGCACCGGCAGUACUAUACCACAGAGAAGCUUGCAGCCAUGAGCCGAGCCAUGCUGAAGGAACCAACACAUUUUGAUGCAGACCCUGCACUAAUUCAGGAAGACAUGGAGGUGAUGUCAGACUUUGAGCUGCAUAACCUUUGUAAGGAAUACAGCUCCAUCUCCAGGUUUCAGCUGGAAAAAAAUCUCCUUCUGGACUCUGGAAAAUUUUCCCUGCUUACAAAGUUAUUAGCCAAGCUCAAGGAGAAGGGUGACCGAGCAGUGCUCUUUAGCCAGUUCACCAUGGUUCUAGACAUUGUAGAGAUUUUGCUGAAACACCUUGGUCACCAGUAUGUUCGGCUGGAUGGCUCCACACCUAUGGCAGAAAGAAUUGGCCUCAUAGACAAAUACAACACAGACCCUGAAAUAUUUGUCUUCCUUCUGUCAACUCGUGCUGGUGGCCAAGGGAUCAACCUUGCCUCUGCUAAUGUAGUGAUCCUUCAUGAUAUUGACUGCAAUCCUUUCAAUGAUAAACAAGCAGAGGACCGCUGUCAUCGAAUGGGGCAGAGCAGGACUGUGCAGGUUAUAAAACUGAUUAGUAAAGAUUCCAUAGAGGCCUGCAUGCUUCGUUUAGGGCAGGAGAAACUCAAACUUGAACAAGACAUGACUACUGAUGAUGGUGAAGAAGGCUCCAUGUCAGAGGAUGUGGCUGAGCUGUUGAAGGUAUCACUGGGCCUUUGACCUAAAAGUGGUUAGUAUAGAUACACGCAACAUGGCUAAAUGACUAUUAUUCUUAUGAAUGUGCACUUGCUAGCCAUAGGUGGUAACAAGUAGGUCACUUCAUGUCUGACUGAAAAAAAAUACUCACUUCAUACUUCACUUAGUGUUUACUUGGGUACUGUUCAUCAUAUCCUCAUUUUGACUCGGGUUGAAAGUCUAGCACUGCCUAGGAGAAUCCAAUUUCAGGUUUAAGAUCGCAAUGCUUGUGCUAAUAGCUUAUUAGUUUCUUUUUUUUUUCUUUUUUUAAAAUACUAUUGUUGUAGUUGUCUGUGUUGUAUUAUAUAUUGUUGUAUAUGUUCCUGUCAAAUAAAGAUGUUUUUAUAGUCUA